AUGUCUGCGCGCCAGCAGCCGCCGUGGCGCCAACCGCCGUCGAAUCCAGACGCCAACCUCCCUCCCUUAAACGUGUGGAACUCUCUCACCAGGUCCAAAACCCCGUUUAUCCCAAUCGACCCAGCGGGCAAAAAGGUUAAUUGGUACGUGUGCGGACCGACGGUGUACGACGAUUCGCAUCUGGGCCACGCCAGGAACUAUGUGUCUACCGAUAUCAUUCGACGCAUCAUGCGCGACUACUUUAAGUUUGAUGUUCAUUUCGUUAUGAAUAUUACCGACGUGGAUGACAAGAUUAUUCUCCGCGGCAGACAACAGCAUCUAUUCAACGAAUUUACGGCGAUCAACCCCACCAUCUCCGCCACUGUUCUGGAUACCGCGAAAAGUGCAUACACCGCUUACCUAAAGAAAAACCUGCCUCUCCUCUCCCCCGAAGUGGCCCCGUCUCGCUAUCAAGAAGAAGUCGAAAAGGUGUACGCAGUCGUUCUGAAUGGUGGCGCAUUGCCCGGGAAUGAGAAGCCGGGGGACGAUGAGGCCAAGGUCAAGAUGCAUAUCAAGACGGCAGCGUCGGCCGCCAAGAUGAUUGCGCAGGCGGGAAGUCUUGGUGACUCAACCGACGCCGCUGCGUUCGCCACGUCUUUCUAUUCCGGGACGCAGGAUAUCUUGCUCCCUUACUUGGAUGCUCUGAAGGGCGCCUCGAUAGACGCGAACGACCACAGUAUCUUCACCAAGUUGACGAAGAAAUACGAAGCAAGCUUCACGAAGGACAUGCGCGACCUGAACGUUCUGGACCCAGACGAGCUGACUCGCGUAACGGAGUAUGGUGAUGAGAUCGCUGAUUUCGUGGAGCGCAUCGUGAAGAACAAGUUUGGAUAUGUCACGGCUGAUGGAUCGGUAUAUUUCGAUAUCGAAGCCUUCGAAGCGGCGGGUCAUCCAUACGCGCGGCUUGAGCCGUGGAGCCGUUCCGACAACAAGCUAGCCGCGGAGGGUGAGGGUGCAUUGGCCAGUAAGACUACCGAAAAGCGCGGAGCUUCUGAUUUUGCGCUCUGGAAGUCGUCAAAGCCGGGGGAGCCGAGCUGGUCUAGCUCCUGGGGCAAGGGCCGUCCCGGUUGGCAUAUUGAAUGCUCGGCCAUGGCCUCAGCCCGACUGGGCAAGCAGAUGGAUAUCCACUCUGGAGGCAUUGACCUUGCAUUCCCGCAUCACGAUAAUGAAUUGGCUCAGAGCGAGGCUUACUGGGAUGAUCAUAGCCACUCGCACAACCAGUGGGUCAACUAUUUCUUGCACAUGGGUCACUUGUCCAUUCAAGGGUCUAAGAUGUCCAAGUCCUUGAAGAACUUCACUACUAUUCGCGAGGCUCUUGGGCGAAACGAUUGGACAUCGCGCAGUCUGCGGAUUGUGUUCCUUCUAGGCGGCUGGAGAGAUGGCGUUGAAAUCACAGAGGAGCUGGUGAACUUUGGCAACUCGUGGGAGGAUAAGGUGAACAAUUUCUUCCUGAAAGUGAGGGAUCUUGAAGCCCUUCAGGGACACGCAUCCGACACCGAAAGCACCCUUGCUGCGGAUUUGAAAGCAGCCCAGAAGGCUGUGUACGAUCAGCUCUGCGAUUCGUUCAAUACUCCCGCUGCGAUGCAAUCGAUCUCAGAGUUGAUCACAAAGUACAACUCUGCCGAUAAGUCCGCCUUGAACCCAAAGGAUGUGGAGGCUACUGCUCGGUGGGUGACGUCGAUGGUCAACAUCUUUGGCCUCAAUGGUACCGCAGCUGCGGACAGCCCCGAGAUUGGUUGGUCGGGCAUCGAUGUCCCCGAAGAGGCUAAGCCUUUCCUCUACCCGCUUUCUUCCAUGCGCGACACCUUGCGACUUGCCGCGCGCGAUAAAGCCGGCAUUAGCCCCAAGGAAAUCGAGGAGGUUCUCGCCCGUGAGUCUGCACCUACAGCUGCAGCCGAGUCCGAGUCCGCGAAACCCUACGCGGCCGUCUAUUCCAACUUCCGUAAGGACGUCAGUGCCCUGCAAUCAUCCGACUCUAUCGGCAAAGAAGUCCUCGCCCUGUGCGAUCGUGUACGAAACAUCGACCUCUUCGAUCUAGGCGUCUACCUCGAAGACCGCGAUAACCUCCCCGCCCUAGUCCGGCCAGUGACCCGCGAGAUGCUCCAAGCCCGCGAGGAAAAGGCCGCACGAGCCCGCCAAAAGCAACUGGAGAAACAGAAGCAAGAGCAGGAGGCCCUCAAGCGGCUGGAGAAGGGCAAGCUGAGCCACCUCGAGAUGUUCAGGACGAAUGAGUACAGCGCGUGGGACACGGAUGGUAUUCCGACGCGCGAUGCUGCUGGUGAGGAGAUCACUAAGAGCCGGGCGAAGAAGCUGCGCAAGGAUUGGGACAAGCAGAAGAAGGCGCAUGAGGCGUGGUUGGCUACUGUGGGUAUGUCCAAGCAUAUCGAUGGCCGCGUCCAUGUGCAGACGAACCCAUACUACUCAUAUUCAUCUGAGAAGACAGUCGUCAAUGCCCUGCGAAUUAUCCAGCUAUUUCAACACAUCCAGCCCGGCUUUGACGUCUCCCGCAUUGCCAUCAAGAUCCCCAGCACCUGGGAAGGCAUGAUGGCAUGCCGCACCCUCGAGCUAGCAGGCGUGCGCACGCUAGCAACCACUUUAUUCAGCAUGGCGCAGGCAGUGCUAGCAGCUGAAGUGGGCUGCACGUAUAUUGCACCUUAUGUAAACGAGCUGAAGGUCCAAUUUGACACGAGUCUGGUCGACAGGGCAAAACUGCUUCCGCUCUGUGUUGCUAUUCAGCAGUACUACAAAUACAUAAAUGCAACCACAAAGGUCCUACCAGCGAGCCUGACAUCGACAGCGGAGAUCUACUCUCUCGCUGGCGUAGACCAUCUCACCAUCGCCCCGCAUCUCCUCGCGCAAUUGACAGAGCCUGCGCCCACUAGUACCAAGUCGUUAUUCGACGAGGCACCUACAGUGCCCAUUCCGGAGCCCGGAACGUCAUUUCUUAAUGAUCCUGCCAAAUUUCAAAUUGUAUUCGUCCGGGACUUGGGUGGGGCGAGUCAUAUCAAGUUGACCGAGGCUAUCAAUAUUUUCUGUGAUUUCCAGGUUCAGUUGGAGCAGCUUAUGAAAGCUGCGGCCGCGUAA